AUGAGCCACUUUUCGGACACAAGAGCGUCCUCGGGCCAAGACUCACAGGCAGCAAUGUUUGCGCUGCCCGCAGAUCCACAGAAGAAAAAACAGGCCGUUUCCAAUCUCACCAAGAACUUGAUGUCGUCCUCGGCCCGCUACGUCCCACCCCACAUAGACCCAACCUCAGCUGAACCUCCCAGACAACCGCCACUGUACUCGGCGUCAGUUUCCAGCCACAAAAAUUUCAUUCCGGUCAACCUGUUUGGAUCCAGGCCUGCAAUUCCAAACCUGACAUCCUUCAACUCCAGAGAAUUUUAUCCACCUCCGACUGGAAGUACAGGGACCCUGUUCACAGGAAACAAUGCAAAUUACAUUCCUCUCGGUCACAACACGCCUACAGCAGUUUCUUCGUCAUAUACCUCAAACUAUUCGCGCACGCCGUCUUUUAGUAGCGCAAUGGCUCAGAGCUCUUCUCAGGUCAACUCCAAUACCCUCCAAAACCCCAACCCCAACCAGCAGCAAUUUGGUCUGCACUCUGGCCCACUUCCAGGGUCUUUCAAGGCAACAGCAAUGCCUACAACAACGAUCUCUAUGGACUCUGCUAACCCUAAUAUCUCAUUGCAUGAUCAAUACCUGCUGGCAACCGUCGCAGCUAUACCAGCACCGGUGAAUGCUCGGCCUGAAAGUUUCGAAAGACACCUAUCCAACUCUUUUGUCAGCAAUGGUGGUGAAAAUGGCAGGCCCAUUCACCCAGCUGCUAUGCACAGAAAUGACUCUGGCCAAGGACAUGCUCAUAAUUAUUAUAUUCACCACAAUCACCCGACCCAACAGCAGCAACAGCAACAACAACAAUCUCAGGUUCCAGAUCAGAGCCAAAGCCUUGGCUUAGCGCAAAAUCAGAAUGGCCUCCAAAAUCAAUUCUAUCAAGAUCAUGCAAGUGGAAGCACCAACGCUCAAAUCGAACAUUCGAACAUCAGUGCGCACAGCUACGUUAAUUCUUCAGCUGAUUUCUUCAAUAGUGAGCCAGAUCACUAUAUGUCUUACAAGGAGUACCUUGAUCUUCUUAAUAGAAGAGAUGCUACCUCUGCCGGGACUAACAAUGAGGUGUACGAAGAGCACUUCAACAUUGUUGAUUAUUCAGUUGAUGAACUUAUAACAAUGCUUGCUUGCCUCCUCACUAAAAUCAUAGACACUAAUGACAAGCUCCACCCGAAUCAUUUUGAUAAUACCAUCGCGGCCAGACAAAAACUCAAGGAGCAAAGAAAGCUCAAGAAAAUGGAGAGUGAAAGGAGGGCAGCAGCUUCAGCUGCAGAGGUCUCUGUGACAUACAGCAAUGAUGGUAUCAGCACAACAGUUUCUCACAUCAGCGACGCAGACAACAGCGACAACUCUUCAGAUGAGGAGGAAGACGAGUUAAAGAACAGGUACUUAGCCAAUGUUCUUGCUUUUCAUGGAACAAAUGUUCCUGGAAUUUCUCUCCACGCAUACCUCACCAGGGUUCUCAAAUACUGCCCGGUCACAAAUGAGGUGUUCCUUUCGUUGCUAGUGUAUUUUGAUAGGAUUGCAAAGAGAGCCAACAAUCUCAAGAAGAAAAAGAAGGAGAGUGAAGCCGAAGGAGAAGAGCCCGAACAACUUUUUGUGAUGGAUUCUUACAAUAUUCACAGACUAAUUAUCCUGGGCAUCACCGUCAGUUCCAAAUUCUUCAGCGACAUUUUCUACAAGAAUCUAAGAUAUGCAAAGGUAGGCGGGCUCCCGCUCGAAGAGUUGAACUACUUGGAGCUUCAAUUCUUACUUUUGCUUGAUUUCAAACUCAUGAUCUCUGUGGAAGAUUUGCAGAACUACGGAGAUUUGUUGCUCAAGUUCUGGAAACGGGAGCAAUUGGCCAACGAGAUCACCAAACAAGAUGCUGUAAACAAACCAGAUGCUCAUAUGGGAGACUAA